AUGGCAACCAGUCAAUCUCCGAUCCUAUCACUGGCCAUAGACAGAGACGACAAUGCCCCUCCUGCCCAACCUCUCUCGAAGAGAGACAAGCGCCGCACUGCGUUGAUUGAUCGACUCAACGACAUCACGAUGCAGUUUUCGGCGAAUAAAGACCAGUAUUAUCGUGAGCAACUGGGUGUUGUUCAGCAGGACAUUGCCUUGAUUCUCCAUGCAAUCCCCUACGUGGAAGACCCGACUAAAGAAUCAACUGUCGAGCUGCUGGCAGUCAUCCAAAAACUUACCAGGGGCGACCCACGAGCCCUCCAGUCUGUCAAGGAAGGAGAUCUCCAAGGCGUUGGAGGGAGAAUAUACCAUGAGUUCAGAGAUGAGAUUCAGGACGCCAUGGAGCGUCGAGAUGCCGCUUUAUCAGCGUAUGCAUUCGAGCACAAAAGCAAUUUCAGUGAACUCAAUACCAGUUCGGCAUUUUUGACGAAGCUCGCUGGACGAGAGCAUUCGGCUCUCGCCAGUACUAUUCGCGACCGACUCAUAAAUUCGAUUACAGAAAGAAAGCGAAAGCUUAACAGAGACAUGACAAGCAAUGAAGGAAUCGACAACUCCAAUGCAUAUCACUACCACCCAGCGCAAUACAGUGUUCUCAACCCCACGAGCCCUGGCGGCAUUCUUGGGAAGCGUUCAUCAAGACACCGCCGAGACCUGGACGAUCUGCCGGCAAUGCUCGAUCCCACCAAGCGCAAACGCCGAGCUGUCGACGACGGCCGGGCGUCUCCAGUCCCGAGCCGCCGUGCGCCAAUCGACCUGCACCAGAUUGGCUCGAACACACCUCUCAAUAGAUUCACAGAGAAAGCCCAAGACCCUGAGUACCCGCUAUACAGUGUCGACAAGCUCUUUACUGAGAAAGAGUUGUCUCUGCUUGAGCGCCAGGCUGCCGAGGCAGCGCACAAAUACAUGGUCCGCCAUAAAUUCAACGAAGCAGCGACACGCUCCCAAUCCGACAGUGACGGUUCUCGCAAUGGCGACGCCGACCAGCGAAACAAUGACUCCACACCCGACUCGCCCCUGAUUGCCCCAGCCAUGGACCGCACAACACGCUCAACUCGCGGCAUCGGCGGAGCGACCAGCGGCUUCAUUGGCUCAACGGGAAUUGAAGUGAUCGCUGAUCUCACUCUACCAUCCACAUUCACCGGCCAGCUGAACCAGAUGCCUCGUCUCCCCCCGCCAUUGUACCCCAGCAUGACCAAGUUCUUCGGCUCCACAAAGGGCGAUAACAUGCGCCCCAACCUCACCGAGGGCGUAGCCGGCGACGAGCUCAACCAAGACAUGAACCGCAUCGAGUGGGGCAAGCGCGUGAACUCCCAACUCAAGCCCGGAGCCAGUCUGGACCAGGACGUCGAGACCGACAAGGGCACCAUCCCCGGCGACCGCCGUUUCCUGGCCGCCGCAAUCGCCGAGCCGGGAGUGUAUCCCGUGUGGCUCAGCGGCAAGAAGAGGGAAGAGCGCAUCGAGAGCGAGUUCGGUGUCGGGAAGCGUGCCGCGGCGCGCCUGGGCCUGGAUGCCGAGGAGAUGGGAAGCACGGCGAUGAGCAAGCAGAGUAGUCGUGGUGGCAGUGAGGCUGGGGGCGUGGAGAUGAGCGGGGAGGGCUCGAGGCGGAAGGCGAAGAACAAUUAG